GGACACGGACGGGCGCGCGUGUGUGGGGCUGGACGGGCGCGAGCGGCGAGGCGGCCUCGCUCGAGCGCGCGCACACGGACGGACAAACAGAGCGAGCGCCGCGGGAUGCCCGCGGCGAGGGGCUGAGGGCGGGCGGGGGCCCAGAGGUCGUGAGGAGGAGGAGGAAGGCGGGAGCGGCGCGCGGGGAGGGUCUCGCGUCCGCUCCGCGUCGCGGCUGAGGAUGGCGCCGGUGAGCGAGCAGCUGGAGCCGCAGGGCGCGGGGGACCCCCCCCUCGCCGCCGCCGCCGCCCCCCGGCCCGGCCCGCCAGCGGCAGCGGCGGCGGCGGUAGAGCCGCGGCGGGAGAACGGCGGCGAGUGCUGCCCCGGGAGCGGCAGCCCGGCCGCGCCGAGCGGUGAGAGCGGGGCCCAGCCGCGGGCGGCGGCGGAGGCCCCCGUGAGUUCGGGGUGCCCCGGGAACGCGGGGCCUGAGCCCCCCGAGGGCGGCUGGGGCUGGGUGGUGAUGCUGGCCGCCAUGUGGUGCAACGGCGCCGUCUUCGGCAUCCAGAACUCGUGCGGGGUCCUCUUCGUCUCCAUGCUCAAGCUCUUCGGCGGCGGCGAGGACAAGCAGCUGACGUUCAAAACAGCAUGGGUGAGCUCUCUUUCUAUGGGGAUGGUCUUCUUCUGUUCUCCAAUAGUCAGCAUAUUCACAGACCUGUUUGGUUGUCGAAAAGUAGCUGUUAUUGGAGCUGCAGUAGGGUUUGUUGGACUCCUUUCAAGUUCUUUUGUAAGCACCAUUGAACCUCUGUAUUUCACCUAUGGAAUUUUAUUCGCCUGCGGCUGCUCAUUUGCCUACCAGCCGUCCUUGGUCAUUCUGGGGCACUAUUUCAAGAAGCGCCUUGGACUAGUGAAUGGCAUUGUCACUGCAGGCAGCAGCUUGUUCACCGUGUCACUGCCCUUCCUCUUGAGAGUUUUGAUCGAUUCUGUUGGUCUAUACAACACCUUGCGGGUCCUGUGCAUCCUUAUUUUUAUUCUGUUCCUGGCUGGCUUUACAUACAAACCCCUUGUUUCCAACACCAAAGACAAAGAGGGAGGAAAGAAGGGAAAGUUCAGAUUUCCUCCUGAAAAAAAGAUUUGUAAUUUCUCAGUUUUCAAAAUUCUCAGUUACCGAAUCUGGGCUUUUGGGAUCCCAGCUGCACUUUUUGGAUACUUUGUGCCUUAUGUUCACUUGAUGAAGCAUGUAAAAGACAGAUUUGGUGACAGCGUGCCAGAAGAAGUGCUUCUGCUGUGUCUGGGCAUUACUUCAGGAGUUGGCAGAUUGAUCUUUGGCAGAGUUGCAGAUUAUAUUCCUGGUGCAAAAAAAGUUUAUUUACAGGUGGCCUCGUUCUUCUUUAUUGGCCUAAUGUCUAUGAUGAUUCCACUGUGCAAUGUCUUUGGAGGUCUCAUUGCUGUCUGUCUCUUAAUGGGCCUGUUUGAUGGGUGCUUCAUAUGCAUUAUGGCUCCUAUUGCCUUUGAGCUUGUUGGGCCUCAGGAUGUCUCCCAGGCCAUAGGAUUUCUACUGGGACUCAUGUCAAUACCUAUGACAGUUGGACCACCCAUUGCAGGUUUGUUGCAUGAUCACCUCGGCAGCUAUGAUGUAGCCUUCUACCUGGCUGGAGUCCCUCCCAUUGUUGGCGGAGCUAUUCUAUGUUUCAUCCCCUGGGUCCAUGAACGGCAGAAGUUAAAAGACAGAGCAAAACCUGUUGAUGGAGAAACUACUGAGAAAAUGCUGGAAAAUGAAAGCACUUUGGUGUCGGGCACUACAGAAAAGCCAGUCAAAGAAAUGGAAUCUGGGUUUUGAUGCUUUCUUUUCCUGUACCAGCCUGGCCACCUUCUGCUGAAGCUAGAUUUGUACUUUUUGGCUGAAGAUACUAUAUGAUGCUGAAGAAGUCUUGAACUAUUGCUCAAAUAGCAAAACUACUAUAAGGGGGUUUUAUACCAUUGAACUUCAUUGAUGAGUCGUUGAGUUUGAUUUCAAGCCACAUUUUCAAGGUAUUUGAAGUUUUGUAGCAUUAGUGUGUACAUGCGUAGUGAUUCUGUGUGUGAAGAGAAUAUUUUUCUAAUUCAUCAGAACCUGUUUCUGGGAGUGCGAAAGCUGGUUUUGGUUCACUGACCCAGGAUUCUUCAAUAACGUUCAUGGUCCAUCCAAUGCAGGCACAGCCGUGUGUGUUCAUACUGGAAAGCUCUGAUGACUGAUGUCUUUUUUGAAGUUUCUCAUACUGUUUUACAGUCUUUUAUAAUUCUGUAUCAUGAAUACGCAUAUCUUUAAUUCCCUUAACUCUUGCUGAAAUCAUCUUGCAUUAGAAAGCUAAAUUAUGAGCCAUCUGUUUAAUUUCCUCUAAAUAGCCUAGCCUGCUCAGUUUGCUUAAACACUCGCCUGCUUUUGCAUUUGCCUUUUCACAGUAGCCCAAACAAAGAACAUUAAGGAUGGAUUUUUUGAUGGGCACAGGUUUUGAAUGUGUGCAAAUGCAGCUCCGAGUGCAAACACAUUCAGAAGUAAAGCUGCUGAAUGAUAGGGGUUUUCUUAUUUGUUGAAGGCAAUACUAUUAAUGUAUAUGUGUAUGUUUGUUUUCAGCUAAACCUCAGAAGAGCUGACAGUUUGGAAAUUGUACUGACAGUAAGACUUUGGAACAGUAUUGUGAAUUAGUCUAAAUUUCAGAUGAUUCUGUUGCACUUGUUACAUUUAUUUUUUUUAUUCUUAAAACCAAGACAGCUUUAAAGGAUACAUUCUAAGUGCAAUAAUAAGUUGUUUUUAAUGUGGAAAUAUACACAAGCUGUUAAAAUGACAUUCAGCAAUUAAAGAUUUUUGCACUAAGUGAACAUGCAGGUUUGUUAUAGGUCUUUAUAGCUGUGUUCAAUUGCAUGUAGGAUGUAGCACCAUAUUUUGUUCACGUAUAAAAUGUCUUUGCGUGUCCUACUUCUUGCUUAACAUGCUAAACAUAUGGCCCUGUUACUUACCUAUGUAUUCUUGGGUAUUAUGCACUGUUUUUUAAGCAGGUAUUUCUGAAAAUCUCUUUGAAAAAUAUAUGAAAGCAUAAUAUUUUGAGAUGAAAACACUGCUUUUCAGUUUAUCAUCAAACACUUCCAAGCACAUUGUUUAUUUGUGGAUAUGGAUCAGCAAUGCAGUGGAAUACAUAAUCAUUCUUUACUUCAGGUCUGUUCAAUAUGAAUAACUUUUAUUUUCUUUUUUAGAUAUGUCAUAGCAAAGAGUAAACUAAAUGUGAUCUGAAGACAAAAUGCACAUUUAAGUGCAUUUUCUUAAUCAACAACAGUAGCUGUUCUUUACAUAAACCACGGACGCAUACUGUUUUAGAAAUGAUUUUUAUUGUCCUUUCUAUUUUUAUUACUUUUUUCUUUUUCCAGAGUUGUAGUAAAAUGCUCAGAAGACCCAUGUACAUUUGUGAUAUAAAACACUGUACUAGCAAUACUAUUACAUAGAAUGUUUACAUCAACUUAAAGUUCUUUAAAUAUAAUCAUGAAAAGCAUCCUAAUUGUUGCAGAUCAAAACUCAUGCCUUUUAUAUACUGCAGAAUUUUAAUCCCUGCUUUACAUGAGAGAACUGAAUCUUAAAAUUUUAGAUGCAUAUGGGAAGGACUUGAACAUAGGAAAAAACACCAAACCAAUCUGUAAAAUUUACUUCGUAAGUACUUCCAAAAAUGUCAUUAAAAUAUUCAUACUAUUAAUUAAAAUGGCUAUAAAAUGCUGUAUUCAUUACAAAAAAUGAUGUUAACAGCCUAUGCUGUUCUUGUCUGGAGUAUUUCUGCAGAACAUGUCAUUCAGUAUUAUCUAUUUGGUCAAUGCAGGUGUUGAGUAAAUGUGGUAAAAGCCUCUUGUUUCCUAUUGUUUUGUUACGACAAAUAAGCGUUUAUCACAGAUCUUACAUUUUGUGUGUUUUAGCGUUGAGUUUUUAACCAAAAACAAGGCUGCUUUUUAGCACUACUGCCGUUGGAAAUCAUUGUGACCAGAUAUCUUGAUGUAAUUGUGGCAUCUUCUUGACUUGCUGCUCUAUAUCUAUAUAAAUUAUCUGGGAGGGAAUCUAAAAUAAUUGUCUUAGAAAUGAUACAGAAAUAGUAUAAUGAUAGUAUGAAUUUAUUAUUGCCAUAUGCUUUUAAAAUGUAUCUACAUAAAAAUCCAAACUCAUAUUUAAGUAAAAAUGUAAAUUAUGCUCACAAAUAUGAAGGACAGCAUUUAAACAAAGAAAGAAAAAAACCCAAACCGAACCCCAGAGACUCCAGGAAGAGGGUACUACAGUGAGUGAAUAGAUGUUUAGGACUGGUUACUAUGUUAAAAACAGCUAGUGACGGGGAUGUCAGGCAAGAGGGAAGCAGAACUAGGGAUGAGGAAGCUAUGCUGGUGUGCUGAUGUAGGAAUAAUGAACCUGUUUCUGAUGCCAGUGCUUGUUUUACAAUGGUGCUAAAAGUGAAAAGGUUUGCGGGGAAAAGAAGACUUUUCUGAAGAGGUUAAAAAAAGAAAGAUUGAUGCAUGAGAAUUCCAUUAGCAUCUUUAGUGUUAGCUUGUAGCUGUGGGGAAAAUGUCCAGUAGAAAUGCUCUUUAGUGGGCACAAGCAUACGAAGAUUGUAUCCUAAAGCUGGAUAAGAUGCUGUUAAAAUGAAAGUAAAUUUCAGCUUAUUAGCAGCGAGGCUAACUGACCACUGAGAAACUUACUUAGAGAUAUACUGGAUUCUAUAUGCCCUGAGGUUUUAACAAUGAGGUUAGCUAUCUCCCUUUAAAAACAAACAAAACCCCAAUACAAAUAGCAACUAUUUAGUACACUUAUUAAAAAAAAAAACCAACCAACCAAAACCAAGACUGAAUAAUGUAGCAAUGGUUGCUACUUUGAAAACUAGAAGAGAAAAAGCACUGAUUAGUCGAUUUUAUUUUCAUUGAGUAUAUGUAAAUAAAUUUUUGUAACAAUUUAAUUUUAGGUGUGAAAACCUGUUCAUGGGAAACCUGUUGAACUCCUGUUUUGAUGACCUAAUUCAUGCCAGAUUUAAUCAUGUUGGGGGUAGACUCUAAAACUAGAACACUAGGUUAGUUCAAGAAAGGCCGUAAGUCAUUCAGAUGGAUCCCUCUCUUGAGAACGUUUCAUAGAGUCCUCUUUGUAGACAUUACUCUGUUUACAGAGUGGGAAAGCAAUCAUCUUUUUUCCAUCAAAUGUUCUCAGGGUAAGCUUCAGAAGAAAUUAGGUAGAAAGAGGUUCAGUUAAACUGGCAGUGUGAAAUUUCCAGCCCUACUUAAUGCUGUAAUUUAAUACACCAGAUCUUGAAACCAAGAGUAAUUUUGAGCAAGGGGUUGGUUUUACGUUUGGCUGACAUGUCUUUUCAGCAGGUAUGUGAUACUUGUAAAUACAGCUGUUCAGCAAAGAGUCUGAAAUAAUGAAAGCCAUUCAGAUUCUUAUUUACACCUGAGUUACGCAACAAUAUACAAUCUAUAAUUAAUAAAAAAAUAUUGUUGGAUUUAUUCUGGCUACAUCUUAGACCUGUACAAGUCUCAAACCAAGACUUCAAGUGAACAUACUCUUAGCAGGAAUUUAUUUCCUCCAGUUCUUUGUUCAGCAUUAACUUCUUUUUUUUCCCUAAGUAUAUUUUCAGUGAACAUUUAUGGACCUUCCUGAAUUGUUCAUUCAAGUCAGAGGCAGUGACAGCCAUUCUGUGGCCAUCCUUCAGGGUGUAUUCAGUAUCAAAUGAGAUGGACAACUGACACUUUUCUCCUUUGGCUCUUCAUGCACAAUGUCUAGGCAUAUACAUUCCCCCCUUCCAUUUGGAAACACUGGAUUGUCAAAGCUGAUGUGCACCCUAGUCAAUAUGGACAGUACUUUCCAGCCUUCCAUUCUUAAACUUCUUCCCUGCAUUAAACCUUUGAAUAGCCAUAGCCUGAUAAGACCAGGCAAGUUCCUGUGAAGUGGGAGAUGUGAGGUUGCUCAGUUCUUUGCAUCAGGUAGUACACACUGAAGGGACAGGAGGUGCUUCCUUGCAGCCUCAGAGGAUGUAUCUAAGGAUGGGAAUCAACACUACUAUCCUUAUAAUCACCGUUACUGGUCAGCUUAACAGCCAGGUUCUCAGUGUGCUGGCACAGCGCAGUUCCCUGCUUUGCUGCUUGCUGCAUGGGAGCCCAUGCAGGAGGGCUCAGCUGUCCUCUCCGAGCAGGGAGCAGAGGUGCUGCAUUCCCCUCCAGGGCGCUGGGAGUGUUAUGGAAGCUGAGUUUCAGGCAUCUGAACUCUUCUGUCAGAACUGACCCUCGCAUAUUAAGAGUGCGUGUGUAUGUGUAUAAAUACAAUGUAUUUUGACCAGGGCAUACACAAACAUUCUGCAUUUUACUAUGGGAGCUGUGGCACUGGAAUGUGGGAGGCAGGGGAGGAAAACAUAAUUCUUUUUGUUUGUGUGUUUCACUGUUGACAAGCACAGCACCACCUCAGUUCUACACAGCCCGUAAGUUACUGGUCAUGCAAAUUCUGGCAUAUUCUCUGUAUGCCUUUUAGUCUUUUUUAUAUGUGUAUAUAUAUAGUGUCAACAUUUUUAGUGUCUCAGAACUGUGUAUGCCAAGACUAGGGUGAUUUUAUACUAAAAUGUGUGCUAAUAUUGAUAACACUGUUUAUCAUGUUUAAGUAUCUUUAUAGACAUCAUAUUUUGUAUGUUGUUUUUGAUAUUAAAGGAUAUACGUUUGCUAGCCUUAACUCCAUUCUUUAAAGAUCUGCUUUGUUAGAAGGGUGAGAAAUGUCUCCUAUUUCUCAUGGUGCUAAAGUAACUGUGAUCAGUCUUCAAUUACUUGGAAUAAAGAUGGUGGUUCUUAAGUGCCCCGUUUGU